AUGGAAGAAUUGAACAAAUGGUUGUUAGACAGGGAACGUGAAAAUAUGGAAGAGCUCGAGCGGAUUCAAGCAACAAACUCUCAAGCGGCUGCGAUGGUGGCGCAAUAUCAAUUAUCGGAUGCACCUAGAGGGCGUGGUUCACGACCUGGUCGUGCCCCAAAUGUCGAAAGACAUAGAGAAGUUCGAGGUCAUUUUCUCCUGGAGGAUUACUUUGUCGAACGUCCGGUGUACGAUGAAGCAGGUUUUCGGAGGCGGUACAGAAUGCAAAAACAUGUCUUCCAACGCAUAAUGGAAGACCUAUGCAACUUCGAUAGUUUUUGGGGACAAAAAGCAGAUGCCACUGGAAAAAUGGGACUGCUUCCUGAACAAAAAAUGACAGGUGCCCUGAGAAUGCUUGCGUACGGUGCAGCUGCAGAUCAAUGUGAUGAGAUCACUAGGAUGGGGGCUUCUACAGCGCUGGAAUGUCUCAAGAAAUUUUGUAGACAGGUCGAGUUUCUUUAUGGUGGGUGGUUUCUUCGUCCUCCAAAUCCCGCUGAUCUAUAUAGGCUUCUCAACAGAGGACAACGCCGUGGGUUUCCAGUGGCGUCUUACGACACGCGUAUAUGGCACGCCUUCUUCGGAACUCCUGGAGCUCAAAAUGACCUAAAUGUUCUGGGUGCGUCUAAUGUGUUCGAGCGUGUCAUAGGUGGAACUGCUCCUCUGGUUGAGUUUGAAGUCAAUAACAAAAGGUAUACCAAUGGUUACUAUCUUGCUGAUGGAAUAUAUCCGAGGUGGUCCACUUUUGUCAAAACAAUAUCAAACCCUAGAACAGAAGAGGAGAAACACUUUUGUAAAAAACAAGAGGCUUAUCGCAAAGAUGUGGAGAGGUGUUUUGGUAUCCUUCAAUCUCGAUGGGCCAUACUGCGUCACGGUGCUAGACUGUUUAAAUUGGAGGAUCUUCGAGCCAUUAUGAUAAGUUGUAUCAUUCUUCAUAACAUGAUUGUGGAUGAUGAGUUCGUUGAGGAAGAAUUUGUGGAGUCUCAAGAAGCUGAUCUAAUGAAUCCAACAAUGGCAACCGUCUAUGACCGGCCUGUGCAUCCCGAUUCUGGAGCACCUAUUCCUUUCGAACCAGUAGGGAGAGAUGGACAGAAUCUUCCUGCAUUCAUGGAUCGUGAAUUUCAGGUAGAGUCAGCCUAUCUCCACAAGUGCCUGCAAGAUGAUUUGGUGAUGCACAAUUGGAACAUGGAUGGUAACUGA